CUUGGCAAGGCACAGCGCUCUAACUGCCUCUCCCCGGGAUCACUUUUUCGUUUCCAUCUGUUGCCCAUUUCUGAUCCAACCCUCCUGGAUCCAGUGAGGGUCCCUGCGCUAGGCGGCCGAUAACCACCCCCAGCCCUGUGGAUGGAGAGCUGCGGAGGGGGUUUUGCAGAUGUGUCCGCGGCGCUGUGGGAUGCGGAGAGGUUGCGCUGCGGACAUGAAGGGGAAGAGGGCUUGGAGGCUGGACACCUGGGCUCUUCGGUAACUUACAACGCGUGUCAGCGGUCACGGCCAGAUGGAGUGGGCAGGCUGGGUGCCAGUUUGAGCAACGACGGAGAAGGUGUGCGGGUGGACGAACGGGGAGACUGAGACGGCGGAGGACGAGGGUGAUCGCGAGGUCACGCAGCUGGACAGGAGUCGAAGCAGGGCACUUGCACCCCCGCUCAGGGCUCUCUUCGGCUGCCAUCACUCGUAGGGUUCCCCAGUGAGCUCCAGGCUCUGGAGGUCAGGCCCUCGGAGACCCCCAGCGCGGGACUACAUUUCCCAGGUUGCUGCGGCGGGCGCGCCUGCGCACUGCGAGCAGUGAUGGAGCGCUGACCGGGGGCGCGGCGGCGGCGGCGAGGGCUCCGCGGGCCAUUGGCUCCCGGCAGCGGCAAAGGCAGCUUAGGGGCUCCAGGAGCGAGCGGGGCCCGCGGGCCGGGCCGGGGUGACCUGGGCUGCAGCCAUGGAAGACCAGAGGGAAGCUCUACGGAAGAUCAUCACAACGCUGGCUGUGAAGAAUGAGGAGAUCCAGAGCUUCAUCUACUCCCUCAAGCAAAUGCUGCUCAACGUGGAGGCGAACUCGGCCAAGGUGCAGGAGGACCUUGAAGCGGAGUUCCAGUCCCUCCUUUCUGUCCUGGAGGAGCUCAAGGAGGGCAUGCUCAUGAAGAUAAAGCAGGACCGUGCCAGUCGCACCUACGAGCUGCAGAACCAGCUGGCCGCCUGCAUGCGGGCCCUGGAGAGCUCAGAGGAACUUCUAGAAACUGCCAACCAGACCCUGCAGGCCACAGACAGUGAGGACUUUCCUCAGGCUGCCAAACAAAUCAAAGAUGGCGUGACUAUGGCCCCUGCCUUCCGGCUGUCACUGAAAGCCAAGGUCAGCGACAACAUGAGUCACCUCAUGGUGGACUUUGCACAGGAGCGGCAGAUGCUACAGGCCCUCAAGUUCCUGCCUGUGCCCAGUGCUCCUGUGAUCGACCUGGCCGAGUCCCUGGUAGCAGACAACUGUGUGACCCUGGUGUGGCGCAUGCCGGAUGAGGACAGCAAGAUCGACCACUACGUGCUGGAGUACCGAAGGACAAACUUCGAGGGCCCGCCGCGCCUCAAGGAGGACCAGCCCUGGAUGGUGAUCGAGGGCAUCCGACACACAGAGUACACCCUGACAGGCCUCAAGUUUGACAUGAAAUACAUGAACUUUCGGGUGAAAGCCUGCAAUAAGGCAGUUGCAGGCGAAUUCUCUGAGCCGGUGACCCUGGAGACACCAGCCUUCAUGUUCCGCCUGGAUGCGUCCACAUCCCACCAGAACCUGCGGGUGGAUGACCUGGCCGUGGAGUGGGACGCCAUGGGCGGGAAGGUGCAGGACAUCAAGGCUCGGGAGAAGGACGGCAAGGGCCGGACAGCGUCUCCAGUCAACUCCCCGGCCAGAGGUAUUCCAUCUCCCAAGAGGAUGCCCUCGGGGCGUGGCGGAAGGGAUCGCUUCACGGCUGAAUCCUACACAGUGCUGGGGGACACGCUGAUCGAUGGCGGGGAGCAGUACUGGGAAGUCCGCUAUGAACCGGACAGCAAGGCCUUCGGCGUGGGCGUGGCCUACCGCAGCCUGGGCCGCUUCGAGCAGCUGGGCAAGACGGGGGCCUCCUGGUGCCUGCACGUCAACAACUGGCUGCAGGUCAGCUUCACCGCCAAGCACGCCAACAAAGUCAAGGUGCUGGACGCCCCCGUGCCCGACUGCCUGGGCGUGCACUGUGACUUCCACCAAGGCCUCCUGUCCUUCUACAACGCCCGCACCAAACAACUGCUGCACACUUUCAAGGCCAAGUUCACACAGCCGCUGCUGCCUGCGUUCACAGUAUGGUGCGGCAGCUUCCAGGUGACGACCGGCCUCCAGGUCCCCAGCUCUGUGCGCUGCCUGCAGAAGCGGGGCAGUGCCACCAGCAGCUCCAACACCAGCCUCACCUAGGCCACCCGCCACCCAGCGAGCGGGGUGCUGGGGCCACCACCAGGCCCCAGCCCUUUCAGCUGGGCCCUUUCUCUCGGUUGCUGCUUGGAGCCUUAAUUCCUGAGGGGUCCACCAACAGGGAGCGGGCACGGUGGCCCUUCCACCUCACUUCCUAAUAAAGGUCCAAC